AAAACGUGUGGUCUCUGAAGUCCUCUGAACAUUUAUUAUCUUAAAGAUUCAAUUCAAGCUCUAAAAUGUCAAUCGACUGGCUCGGGUUUGGCUAUGCUGCAGCCAUAGCUUUCGGCGGAUUUAUGGGCUACAAAAGAAAAGGUAGUGUGAUGUCGUUGGUAGCUGGCUUAGUGUUCGGUGCACUUUCUGCUUAUGGCGCAUUAAAAAUAUCAAUGGAUGUACGGGACACCUCAAUCUCCUUGCUUUCCUCGGGAGUGCUCGCUCUUGUGAUGGGAAUGAGGUUUAAGAACUCUGGAAAACUAUUGCCUGCUGGUCUUAUGGCAGUACUAAGUUUGUUAAUGUUUGUGCGGAUCCUCUUCAGGAUUAUGAUGUGACACUAAAACCCCAACAGUGGGGAUUGGACCAUAACAGUUUGCGUCUAUUGACAAAAAUAGACACACAGGUUAUGUGACACUCAUAACAUUCCCAAUGAUGAUUCCCUUUGAAAAUAAAUAUUUUAUAAAAUGAGCUUACACUACAUGACACAACUUCAAGAUCAAUAUUGAAGAUGACACCACAAAACGUGGCGAUGACACCACAAAACAGUGUUUCAGUAAUGUCCUAAUGCUUUUUGCAGAAUACUAAACGUUUGCCUUUUAGUGUGCCCAAAAUAUUUGGGAAAAUGCCAUUCAAUUACUUUUGCUGUCACUAAUAAAGGCUGCAAUAAAGGU